GUGGCUCGUUCCUCCAUUUCGCUGCGUCUAAAGUCUCCUCCCCGCAACCGCUAGAUUCGGCGACCCGAACCCACUCUCUGUCGGCCCGGAUUUUAGCGUGAUCCCACGAAUCUGCCAGUACCUCGUUGGGUACCGGGAGACAGUUUGGAAUUGCCACAUCACGGAUUGAGGUCGAUUUGAAACGGAUGGCGACUCCUUCAAUAAGAAUUUAGUAAAAGAAAACUGCCUCGAAAUUUCAGAUGUUAAGGUGUAUUUGAUCUCAGCAUCCUGGAAGUGGAAAGUUCAGAAGAGACUGGUCCUACACCACAGACAGGUGCAGUGUGCAGCAGGGGAGGUCCAGAGGGAGGAAGCGUCGGGGAGGAGGUGGUGCAGCAGCGCACCCCUCCGGCUGUGGCUGAGCUGGGUGGCGUCCCCGCGGCUGCGCAGAAUGUGGCCGGGCCAUCACAGCAUGCCCUGCAGCCGGUCGCCGCUGCUCCCCUCCCACCGUUGGUUAGCACUGCCCCGUCCCAACAGGACAGAGACACAAUCGCCGAGGUUCAACCGAGCGCCAACACUAAGCCCGAGCUCUCCGCCCAAGCAUCUGCCCUCGACCGUGUCCCAACAGGACUGGCUGCAGCCUCUCUUCAGGCCACGACGAACCACACGGACUCAGUUGAGAGACAGACUCCCACACAGACCACCAGCUCUGCCACCGUGCAGGAGUGGAAUUACGGGUGCGAAACGAACAGAUCAAGCCAGGGAGGGACGGACAGAACUGGCGCUACAGUCAGUGCUGACGCGCAGGGACGCCCACUCGCAGAGACUACCAAAUCGGAAUACAAACAAAGCUUGCCAGUCUGUCCCGUCCUGCCUGGGUCAAAUCAAGCUAGUACCUGCGGCCAGGAGGAGCCUGAUGAAAUGGAGCCAGCUCAAGUGGCUAGACUCACCCAGGCAGACCAGGCCAGCCACGUAUCUCAGCCUGAUGGCCUUGAGACAACAAGGCCACAGGCUCUUUCAGCUGUCUCUGAUGGCAGUGAAAUCACACAGACUGAGCUCACAGAGCUCCUACACACGACCGAGGAUGCAGGAGCAGUGCAGCUGGGUCCAGCAGGAGAACAGAGUGGGCAGUGCUCGGUCGGAGACCACCCAGCCACUCUCCGGACUCCAGGAGAUUCCACACAGCACGUGCUGCCAGGCAACGGAAAAAGUGCCUGCUAUGCUGCCAACGACGACGAUGAAAUGGACGGCUACCUGCCCAGAAGCCCCAGUGCCCUGUCCCAGGGGCAGGUUAACAGUGGUCAGGCCAAAGAGGAGGCCCUUAAAGACCUUGCUUACAGCGCCACUGUACAGAAAACCAUCACGCCGCUCACCAACCUCCCUCUCAAAGCCUCUGAAAGGCCGCAGGAGCCGGAUGAACUUCAGACAAUGACUGAGCCCACGAUGGCACAUGCUGCCUUGCCGGAGCUCAACCAACAUGAGUUGAGCUCAGAGAUUCUGGACGCGAGUGAAACCCCUCAUCUGACCACAGGAGAGACUACCAUAAGCAUGGGUGUAAAUGUAGAACAGGUUCUUCAGAAUGUUCCCAUACAUGGAGGUGUGUGUCUGGAUGCCUCUGGGAAUGAGAUUCUGAGUAGCCUCUCUGCAGGUGAGUCAAAGGUGUUGGGGGACGAGACUUGCACUGAAACUAUCCUCACAGUGACCGAUGGGAUACAGGCUGUAGUUACAAGCUCCACGGAUGUUGUUUUAAAUGACGGUGAGUCUGUCAGUGGAGUGCUGUCCCCCAACCCCCAACAGACUAAUAGCAUUUCAAUCACACACUCGGAGACUUUGGAAGGACUUGGCCGCCAGUUGCUGUCCACGUCUCAGAUUGACCACGAACUCUUAACUCAUCAAAUGCCGAGCCCCGUCCCAGCGGCCGACACGUUCUCCGAGAUGGAGGUGUGCACCAAUGCGGAGGGCAUCAUCGAGACACAAACUACUGAAAUUCACACUCACGUGCUGAGGGACUUGGGGCAGGUCUGUUUCCUCCAGACAGACCUGGUGUCAGACCUCUCCUCCCUGCCUGUGGAAAUCCUGGAGCACGAGGUGGAGGAGGGGACGUGGUUGCACGUUACUGAGCCUCUGGGCGACGGGCAGGUCGUGGAGUGUACCGAAGCCCAGCUGAUGGAUGUCGGCGAUGGGGCGCACUGUCUGGAGGCUCAAACGAUCGAGGUCUCCGAGUGCACGGUCGUCACCUAUCCCUCGGAUGCCAUCCUGAGCCAUGGGCAGCUCCAUCUGCCUGACAGCUUGGAGGUACCACAAGUCUGUGAAUCCACUCUGGGCUCCUCAGUCGAGUUUUUGACGGAGGACUUGGGAACUGAUGCCCCUAGCCCACACAAUGGAGUGGCUGGGCUUAAAGUUGAUCCUGAGCCUACUGCUGCUUCUUAUGUCGAAUCCACCACAUCUGCGCUAACCCCUACAGCGGCUCUCGUCGAUUCCGCUGUGCAGGGGGUGGACGAGCUCCUGACGGACAACAAAACGGAAGUAGCCCGGCCCAGUGCUAUCGACCCCAAGCUUCUCAUCCUAAAGCGCGGGGAUACGCCACUCCUGAAGCACCCGCCCGAUAUAAUAGCGGUGGUGUCCAAGAAGCCAAGCCCGGUGUCGGUGGCUCAGGCUCUGGCCGGCAGCCCCAGCUGUGCCUCCAUGUCUGCUGCCGGAGCCUCCGCAGAGUGCCUUUCCCCGAGCACGCCAGCUACUGCUGCCGCCGCCGCCGGGCUGGAUCCAAGCCUCAUGGGCAUUUCUCCGCCUGCUCCAAUUCCCCGCAAACUCACUUUCCUGUCUGAGGAGGAGGAGGAGGCCUUAACCAGUACCGACAUGCCCUCCGAAACAGUGGAUAGACCACACACGGCCCCCGAUAGCCCUCCACGUAGGUCUGAGCGCCAGCCGCUGAUGGGUGUUUGGAGUGAGGUGUGUGGUUCCAUAGGGGCCAAGAGGGAGACAGCUGCCGGAUCGAAAAGGCCCGUUGGGGAGCCGAACGAGAUGGGCCAAGGCGAUGGGCCCGACACCAUCGCUGGAGAGAGCAGUGAUGGCGAGGUUGACCUUUCCAUGGAGAGCCAUGCUGACAGCAUAGUUACGCCCACCCAAAGAAAGCAUGGACAGUGCAGGACAGACAGGCAGUCAGUUUUGUCGAAGGUGCGGCAAUGGAUCUCUGGGAGGGUGACGGCCGGCUCCACGCCCUCCUCCUCCCCCUCCCCGUCCCCUGGCCCCUCCACAUCGGGGGACUGGACUCCCAUCCAGAUGGACCGGGCCUCGCCUCUCCGAGGGUCCCAUGGCAAGUUCCUGUCACCCCACUCCAAGGGGGAUUCCAGCCAGUCCGACCAGACGCCUACACAGCGCCUGCACAAGCAUGCAGACAUGGCAGAGCUUGCCAAGCAUGAAGCAGAAAUUGAGCAUCGCUCGCUGGCACUGAAGCGAGAAGGCUUCUGGUCCCUGAAGCGCCUAAACCGCCUGACGGAGCCCAUCCGGCCCAAGGUGCACUGGGACUACCUGUGCGAGGAGAUGCAGUGGCUCUCUGCCGACUUCGCCCAGGAGAGGAGAUGGAAGAGAGGCGUCGCCCGAAAAGUCGUGCGGAUGGUCAUGCGCUACCACGAGGAGCUGCGGCAGAAGGAGGAGCGGGCCAAGCGCGAGGAGCAGGCUAAACUCCGCAGGGUCGCAGCCUCCAUCGCCAAGGAGGUGCGAGCCUUCUGGACCAACGUGGAAAAGGUGGUCCAGUACAAGCAGCAGUCUAGACUGGAGGAGAAGAGGAAAAAGGCUCUAGACCUGCAGCUGGACUUCAUUGUGGGUCAGACGGAGCGCUACUCAGACCUCCUCAGCCAAUCGCUGGCGGCGGCGACGGCGGCGCCUGCCACCAAUACAGAGACCCCCGCCUCUCCUCCAAAGCGCGCCGUUGAUGAGGACGACCACGAUUUUGAGCCUCCAUGCGAGGAAGAGGAUGACGAGGAGACCAUCGAGGUGGAGGAGCAGCAGGAGGGGAACGACGCCGAGGCGCAAAGGAGAGAGAUUGAGCUGUUGAGGGAGGAGGGCGAACUGCCUCUGGACCAGCUGCUCAACACCAUCUCCUACCCUCCGCCCUCUGCUUCUGACGAAGAAUGCUCCAACAGCUCCUCAUCUGCUGUUGUGGAGGAAGACGAGGAGUUCACUGCCAAUGAGGAAGAUGCUGAGGAUGAAGAGGAGACGAUAGAAGCACAGGAGGAACAUGAAGGUGACGCCAACCAUGAGGAAGAGUUGGAUGACUUAGCCAAAGAGGGUGAAAUGAGUGUAGCGGAGCUUCUGGAGAAGUAUAAGGGGGCGUACACCUCUGACUUUGAAGAACCCUCAGGAUCUGCGUCACCUGCCACCUCUGAGGAGGAGGAGAGCACGGAGGAAGAGGAGGAGGAAGAGAGCGAGGGCGAAGACAGUGAUGACGAGACCAACAGCUCUUCAGACUCCUCAGAGGCAGUAAACAGUGAUGAUGAUGUCAUAGAGGAUGAGGAGGAGGAGGAAGCUGAGGACGAUGAAGAGGAGGACGACGACGAUCCCGAGGAGGGCAUGGAGGCCCUGCUGAAGGAGGGUGAGCAGAGCCCUCCGCUCCCCACCUCGCCUCGGCCCAAGAAAGAAAUCAGCCACAUCGCUGCCACAGCAGAGAGCCUCCAGCCAAAAGGAUACACACUGGCCACCACUAAGGUGAAGACUCCCAUCCCCUUCUUGCUGCACGGCACUCUGCGUGAGUACCAGCACAUCGGGCUGGACUGGCUGGUUACCAUGUACGAGAAGAAGCUCAAUGGCAUCCUGGCCGACGAGAUGGGCCUCGGCAAAACCAUCCAGACUAUCGCUCUGCUGGCUCACCUGGCCUGUGAGAAAGGAAACUGGGGACCGCAUUUAAUCAUUGUGCCCACCAGUGUAAUGCUGAACUGGGAGAUGGAGCUCAAACGCUGGUGUCCCGGGUUCAAGAUCCUCACCUACUACGGUAGCCAGAAAGAGCGCAAACUCAAGAGACAGGGUUGGACCAAGCCAAAUGCUUUCCAUGUGUGUAUCACUUCUUAUAAGCUGGUGCUGCAGGACCACCAGGCAUUCAGGCGCAAGUCCUGGCGGUACCUGAUCUUGGACGAGGCCCAAAACAUCAAAAACUUCAAGUCUCAGCGCUGGCAGAGUCUUCUCAACUUCAAUAGCCACAGACGCCUGCUCCUGACGGGAACGCCCCUGCAGAACAGCCUGAUGGAGCUGUGGUCGCUCAUGCACUUCCUCAUGCCGCACGUCUUCCAGUCUCACCGCGAGUUCAAGGAGUGGUUCUCCAACCCGCUGACCGGCAUGAUCGAGGGCAGCCAGGAGUACAACGAGGGCCUCGUCAAGAGGCUCCACAAGGUCCUCAGGCCCUUCCUUCUGCGCCGUGUCAAGGUGGACGUGGAGAAGCAGAUGCCCAAGAAAUACGAGCACGUGGUGCGCUGCCGUCUCUCCAAGAGACAGCGCUUCCUCUACGAUGACUUCAUGGCCCAGGCCUCAACAAGGGAGACUCUGGCGAGUGGUCACUUCAUGUCUGUGAUCAACAUUCUGAUGCAGCUGAGGAAGGUGUGCAACCACCCUAACCUGUUUGACCCGCGGCCCAUCCACUCACCCUUCAUCACCGAGCCCAUCAUCUUUACCACCUCCUCCGUCGUACAGCGAGCGCUUGAAACGUCACCCUUUGAGCGGUGCGACCUGUCCAUGUUUGACCUGGUGGGGCUGGAGGGUCGCGUGUCCCGUUACCAGGCCGACGUCUUCCUGCCUCGUAGGAAGGUCACUACUCCACUGGUGCAGGAGAUCAUGGACUCCCCUGAGCCGCCUCCGAGACCCAAACCUGUGCGAAUGAAGGUCAACAGAAUGUUCCAGCCCAUGCCCAAAACAGACGGCCGUGCAUCUGUGCCGUUGAACAACCCCAGGCCUACGUGUCCAGUAGCUCCUGUCGUCCAGCCCCCACGGCCCGCCCUCAUCACGGAGGUGCAUCCUGCCCCAGCCCCCAUCCCAGUGCAGCCACCUGCACAAGUGUGUUCGAUGAUGCCCACUGCAGCCACUUAUGCCACUGCAGUGGCCAGCGCUGCGGUUCCUGUGACUAUGACCCACACGCCAGCAGCUGCCCUCAGACCCAGUGCCCCGCACCCCAUCUUGACUGUACGACCUCCGACCCCGCUGGCCCCACCAGUCGUCUCGGCGCCCAGCAGUGUUGUCACCCAGCGGGUGCUUCUCAGCCCUGACAUGCAGGCGCGGCUUCCAUCCGGGGAGGUAGUGAGCAUUGCUCAGUUGGCCUCUCUGGCUGGGCGACCCGUACCCACUGGCCAGGGCAGUAAGCCAGUCACCUUUCAGCUGCAGGGCAACAAGCUCACCCUAUCAGGGACCCAGCUGCACCAGGUGCCAGUGCAACAGCCUCGGGCCCUCCAAGGCAACGUAAUGCAUCUGGUGUCCAGUGGGGGGCAGCACCACCUGAUCAGUCAGCCAGCACAGGUGGCGCUCAUCCAUACAGUCAGUCAGGCAGGCAGCAGUGCUGCCAGCCCAAGCCCAGCCCCAGUCUCCUCUGGGCUGGCCAUGCCCCUCAACGCUGCGCAAGUUCCCUCCUCCAUGGUGACUGGGUCUGGGAUUGUUAAGAUCGUUGUCAGACAGGCCGGAGGUAAAGAGACGGGGCCGGUCCCUGCCCUCGCUGUGCCUCCUUCCCCCCGGGUCGCCCCUCCGGUCACACUCUCCCUGCACCCGCACACAACCACUGCUCCGCUAGCAAGGGCGCCGCCUCCUCAGCGCCCUCCUGUGGCCCAGCCGACCCAUUACGCUGCUCCGCCUCGCACCCCUACCUCAGCCUUAAGUGGAGCCCAGCCGCCUCGCCCAAUACUGAGGGUCCUGCAGGGACCACCUCCUGCAGUACCACCACCAGCAGCAGCAGCAGCACCGGUACCGGUAGAACCAGUGCGAGUAAAUGCCACACCAGUACCAGCGCCGCGUGAGGAGAACAGUGAUGUAGUCGCGGUUCACGCAGACCCACCAGUGUCCAAACCCAGCAGUCAGCCUGGAAGCUUCUCUUUCCAGCGGCCUCGCGCUCAGCCUCCACCACCCCCACGCUCACCUUUCCACAUGUCAUGGCUGGAGGACCGUCUGAAAGCUCAGCGUGACGCCCGCCUUGCCCAGAUAAUUCGCGUCAACGAGUUUCACUGCAACGCCAAGCCUGUGUAUGGCCAGGAGGUGCUCGACUUCCUCACCUUCCUCACAGGCCCGGCCCCUAAACCUGCAUCACCUGCGCUCGGACAGUGGAGCCGCUCUGGCCACACCUUCUGUCUGCUUGCCCGGUUGCAGCGGACUCAGGACCUGUGGGUCCAAAGUGAGACCCUGAGGACCGCUGUUCAGAACACGGAGGAGAGGCUCGCAGGACUGUCGGAAGUCAUUGAUAGGUUCACUUUUGCGAUCCCACCUGUGGAGGCUCAGCCCAUAACCAUGCACAGCUGCCACCCUCCUCCCUCGCUCGUACACCAGCAGGCGCUGUUCCGCUCUAUGCUGACCACCCAGGUGACCCCUCUGCUUCGUCCUCUCCAUCGCAUCCAGUGCAACAUGAGGACUCACUUCCCAGACCUCAGACUCAUUCAGUACGACUGUGGAAAGCUGCAGACUCUUCACCUCUUGCUAAGGAAGCUAAAGACCGGAGGCCACAGGGUUCUCAUCUUCACCCAGAUGACCCGCAUGCUGGACGUGCUGGAGCAGUUCCUCAAUUAUCAUGGGCACAUUUACCUGAGGCUGGACGGCAGCACACGCGUAGAACAGCGACAGUCUCUGAUGGAGCGCUUCAAUGCAGACCGGCGCAUCUUCUGCUUCAUUUUGUCAACCCGCAGUGGUGGCGUGGGUGUCAACCUGACGGGGGCGGACACUGUCGUGUUUUACGACAGUGACUGGAAUCCCACUAUGGAUGCUCAAGCCCAGGAUCGCUGCCACCGAAUUGGGCAAACCAGAGAUGUGCAUAUCUACAGGCUUAUCAGUGAACGUACAGUUGAAGAGAACAUCUUGAAGAAAGCGAAUCAGAAAAGGAUGUUGGGUGAUAUGGCCAUAGAGGGAGGAAAUUUCACCACUGCAUUCUUCAAACAGCAAACCAUCAAGGAGUUGUUUGAUGUGACCGAGGGGGAAAAGAAGGAGGCAGAAGUAGUUCCACCUCCAACAGAGGAGGACGACAUUAAUAAACAGCAAACCACUAUUCUGGAGCAGGCUUUGUGUAGAGCUGAAGACGAGGAGGACAUAGUGGCUGCCUCUCAGGCCAAAGCAGAACAGGUGGCUGAAUUGGCAGAGUUCAAUGAGAGCAUCCCGUUAGAUGAUGGAGCGGAGGGAGUGAGUCGUGACCAGGAAGAAGAGGAACUCUCCAAAGCCGAGCAAGAAAUUGCUGCUCUGGUAGAACAGCUCACUCCUAUUGAGCGGUAUGCCAUGAAUUUCUUGGAGGCCUCUCUGGAGGACAUUUGCAAGGAGGAGCUUAAGCAGGCAGAGGAGCAAGUAGAGGCUGCCAGAAAGGGGCUUGAUCAAGCCAAAGAAGAGGGCCUGAAAUUGCAUCAGUCGUCUGACAAUGAUGAAGACGACUACUCACCAAUGCCACAUACCCCUGAUGACAUGUUCCUGGCCACACCUGCCCGUCGCACACGGAAGCACAAGGAGAAGGGCGCUCCCUCCACUAGAGCUAGUGGGAGGCUGAGAGGGACUCCUGCAAAAACUGACGAUGACUCUACCCUAUCCCCAGCGAGCACAUCAGCUGAGCUUGAGAGAGCAAAUGCCUCUAUGUCUGCUCCCACCCCACCCAGACAAGUGCCUGACCGACGUGGAGGCCAGCGAGGUAGACCGCCUACCAAAGAAGCUGUGGCACCCACCACUCCUGCCCGAACAGAGACCUCUAAGAAUCAAGCUCCGUCAAGUGUGUCAUCCCGGCACACAGACUCCACAAGCCCAGCUUCCCCAUUGAAAGACGUGCCCGGUAAAUCCAGAGCCACGCCUUCUCCCCUCCGCCAGAGUUUGUCCCCACCGAGCUCCGUGCCUUCCACUGCCGGCUCCCCUGCAGCAGGGAGAUCCCAUGCUGAACACGCUGCUCCUGCUGGCCAAGAGCGUGUUGAGGAGGUGAGAGGAGAUGUGCUGUCAGGUGUGUCUGGGUUACAGGUAGACCAUGCACCAGUGCCCAGUGCAAGGGAGAGGGGAGUGUCUGUGUCCUCAGGAUCCAUUUGUUCUCCGGAGCAUCAGUCCGACUUGGAGGGCAGAGACCUGGAUCAGCAGAGCCAACACUCCCUCACCCUCUCACCCAGCAUGGCGUCCCGCUCGCCUCGUAAGCGCCAGUCAGCUGAUGGUGAGGUCCUCAAAGGCCUUCCAGAAGAUUCUCCAUCUGCCAAGGUCCUACGUAAACUUCCCGGUCGCCUAGUUACAGUUGUUGAGGAGAAAGAGAAACAACCAAGGCGGAGGAGGAGGCGAGGAAGUGGUGGAGCGGGUCACACUGAAGGGUCCUCAGAGGAAGCGGAACAUACAGAGUCGGAGCGAGACACUGGCCCGUCCUCGCCAGAUAAAUCAAGCCACGCUUCUCGAGAUAAAGACACUCCCAAGUCACCUGCAGUCUCUAGUUCCCUUCCUCAGCCACAAGAGAAGGAACAAGUAUCACCUGCGUCACUCGGAAGUCCUGGGAAAGGGUAUCAUCCCUACUCUCCUACCCAUCCUUCUCCAGAUAUGCCCGUUCUCAGGAACUUGCCUGUCCGACGGCGUCUGGAAACAGAAUCCCGAAUGGCUGCUCAGUUAGGGGAGCAACAUGGAGGAGGAAGAGGGAGAUGGCCCUCCGACCGAAGGCAGAGCCUAUCACCAAAUCCGCCAAAGAGACAGGACGCGAGUCCUACUAAGGACGGCACUCUUGCUCCAGCGACUGUAAACACUGAUAACCCAGUACCAGUGAAGCGCAAGCCAGGACGGCCUCCCAAGCGUCCAGUUGAACACACCGUUCCUCCACCAGCAAAACCUGUAAUUGUGGAGAAAGAUGCUCCUGUCUCGCCAAAACGGAAGAGGGGUCGCCCCCGCAAGGACUCCACAAUCAAGCUAGAUGCUAUUCGUGCUGCUCAAUCUUCUAACCCUCCAACUCCCUCAAAUCCUCCACCUUCUACAAAAUCCACACUUUCCUCAAAUCCUUCAAAAUCCACAUCUCCCUCAAAUCCUCCACCUCUUUCAAAACCCACACUUUCCUCAAAUCCUCCACCUGCUUCAGAAUCCACACCUCCCUCAAACCUUCCACCUCCUUCAAAAUCCACACUUUCCUCAAAUCCUCCACCUCCUUCAAAAUCCACAUCUCCCUCAAAUCCUCCACCUCCUUCAAAAUCCACACUUUCCUCAAAUCCUCCACCUCCUUCAAAUCUUCCACCUCCUUCAAAACCCACACCUCCCUCAAAUCCACCACCUCAUUCAAAAUCCUCACUUCCCUCAAAUCUUCCUUCUUCAAAUCCUCCACUUCCCUUAAGCCCUCCGCCUCCUUCAAACCCUACACUUCUGUCAAACGCUCCACCUCCUUGUAGUCCUAAAAGCAUGCAAUCUGGUCUUAACUCACCAAGAUCCUCCUUAUCCAGUCUCCAAGAGGCCCUUUCAGAGAGUGCUCCUGUUCACACACCACUACCCUCAUUACCUGCCAAAGCUGCUGACAAAACUUCGCUACCUAAACCAGUCACUGAGACCAACAUCACCCUUGUCACAUCACCCACACCUACAAGUAACUCACUGACCAAUGAAACGCCAACAGCUAUGCUUGCACAGUCCAAAUCUAGUGAAUCUCAGACCAACACACCAUCUACAGAGAGCAAGACUCCAUGCGUAACUUCAUUCCCCUCUGCACAACCAACAGCCACCUCUGACUCCAAGACCACAUCUGCUAUACCUGCUCUGCCAGUGGAACCCAAGCCAAGUGACACUCAGAACCAUUCAUCACCUACAUCUCCUUCACAAUCCAAAGUGAGGGAGACUCCGAUACCCUCGACUCAUGAGGUUUCACAACCCUCCCAGGGCAAUACUCAGAAAACUGUAACCGCACUAUCCCAAGUCCCUCAAUCCACAUCAAAUGACUCAGAGACAAAACCAAUCCCUGAGUCUAAGGACUCACAAAUUGACACGACCCUUGAGCCCAGAUCUUCUGUUCAGGUCACACCAUCACCUGCUGAACAACAGACUGAUCCCAUGUGUGCUCCAACUCACACACCUGCCGAACCUGAACCUCCUCCAGCAUCAGAGCCUUCUCAGGAGCCUGCUCCUGCUCUGCCAAUCCCUCAAGGUGCCCUGGAGGUGCAGGAGAAAGAAACAGCUGAACUACUUUCACAUGAAAAGACGUCAGACAGGAAGGAAGCAGCAAAGACUGACACAAAUAAGGAUGGUGAGAAAGAAAUAGAAGAGCCAUCUCUUGGGCCCCAGUCAAAGCGAAGGCGAGUGGAGAGUUUACCAGAAGACCAAGAGUCUGUGUCUGUAGAUCCUGAGGUUAAGACAGACACAUUUGUCUCGAGCGAGGGAACUAGUAACCAAAGUAGGGAAGAGGGUAAAACAGACGGCAAAGAUGGGGGGAAAUCCUCCAAGAAAAGAGCCGUUAGUCGACAGAGCAGUCAGGACUCUGUUCGUUCCUCUUCACCUUCUUCUGUAUCAUCAGCUGGUACUCGUUCAUCAAAGAAGAUGGCAGACAACAGGUCUACAAAGAGGAAAAGAGGUGAAGCUAAAACCGGAGGCUCAGAGGAUGGUAAUGAUGAAAAGAAACCCAAGAUCCAAAGGCGACGAUCAAACUCUCCUUCCUCCUCUUCGGACUCUGAUGACUCCUCACGUAAAGAAAAGCGCCUCACACGUGCUGAACGAAAAAAGCAAGAGAAAGAAAACCAGAGUGAGAGUGAUGGGAGGAGUAGUGACAGCAGACGUGGCCGAAGGUCCAAAAAGGAGCAGGUAGCUGCAAAUGCCACAGCGGGUGAUUCUGGUAGUGAAACCUCCACAAAAGUCACCUGCAAAUCCUCAGGCCCUUCGUCAACAAAGAAGUCUAGCACCACCACGCCUGUGCCCUCAACACCACCUCCCCAACCUGAGGUUUUGGGCAAGCGUUGCUCAGCCCUCAAUGCUGCUGCCAAGCUUUUGGCCAUGAGAGGCCGGGCAGGUGAUAUACCCCGUCCCAGUAACAAAGUGAAAGUUGGUGACAAGCAAGAGUCCCCGUCAUCAUCUGAGAAAAGCACUAAGUCAAAAGGAAAGGGCACACAGGGGUCCCCCCAGACCAAUUCAUCUGGUAGUAGAGGAGGAAGUGGUAGACAGACGCCCACAAACACUCCGCUCACCACUCCAGAGUUGAGUAGGUCUAUUUCACGGUCCACCAGGCAGCGGCCUGGUAGCCUGUUGCCCCCACUUGACGCCAAGAACAAGAGGGCAAAGAGAGACAAGAAAAAGAAUGAGGAGAGGAAGGAAGAUGGAGAGGACGAGAACAGGGAGUCCCGCUCCUCAAGGGGGCACAGCGCGUGCAGCAGCAUAAGCAGCGACCGGGAGGCCGGAAGCAGCAGGAGCCGCAGCAGCAGCAACAGCAGCCAGUGCACCCCAAGCCUCAGCUCCCAGAGCACAGGGCCCCACCGCCCACGAUCUAGAGCCACCUCUUCCGGCAGCGACACUGAGAGAGGGAAACAGAGCCAUAGCAAGUCAGGUGAGAGGCGGGGAAGGAAGAGUCACAGGGAGACCCGCUCGCAGAAACAUGACCGGUCUGAGCUGAGCGGGGGUUCCGCGGAGGGGACCCCAGACAGGGUGCUGCGCAGCGUGGCUGCUCUGGCAGCCGCUCAUGCCCGUUCCCCAGCCUGCAACACCCGCUCCUCCGCCACCCAACACCGACAUACCAAGACGUGAUUGGGUGGGUGGAGGAGAUAUCAAUACAGCAGUUAAGGGGAAUAAGGGACGACGACCAGAGCGAAGCCACAGAGGGUGAAAGACUGAAAUAUUUUAACGGGUAUUAAGAUUAAAGAGGGGGGUGAAGAGUCGCCAUUCUGUAAUCAGAUAAAGGGCAGUGGAAUGUCUACUGUACAGUGUAACGAAGACUGAGCUCCCUCACUCUCAGGCCCUCUCCUCUUCUCCCGCUAGGCUUAAGUGUGGAGAUGGCUCAGAGACACAGGACUAAGGUGGAAAGGGGACUUCCUUUUUACAGAAAAUGUGACAUUGCAGCUAAGAUGGCAUGUCUGUACAGAAGAAAACUCAAAAUCCCAGAGACAUUUGGACAUCUGCGGAUUUGGACAAUAGCUGAGAGUUAUUGUUAGUUCACACUAUGUACUGUAAUCAUAUAAAGACUGGAAUACUAAGAGAGGUCUGUGUAAAAGAGAAGUUGUAGAUUGUACCCUUUAUACAGUUUACUUGUGCUUUAAGGGUAACUGAAAAUGUUGUCUAUUCUGUAUCCAGAAGAUUUUUCAGUGGAGGGAGAAAAGCUUUUAUGACAGUUGGGUUAAAAAAAAAUGUUAUGGCAGUUGUUUCAGUCUGUCAGUUCAUCAGUUUAAGGAUAUUCUGUGGAUUUCUCCAGGGUAUGAAAGAGAGCAGGUCUGUAAAUGUUAUCUUUGCUGCACUAUGCUGGAGUUUGUCUUUGCUUGGACCUCCCCGUCUUGUGUAAUUAUUUUUUUCUAUCCAUUUAUUUUAAAUCCAGCCUGCACAUUUUUUUUCAUGUUGCACAUCUGAGAAAAUGUCCCAGGCGUUUUUUUUUUUUGUUGUUGUUUUUUUUUUAAUUCAUCAAUUUCAAAUCAAUUACUUCCGACCUGGUACCUCACACAGUGCAGUUUUUGUCAGCGCUAAAUGUGUCCUAUCUCUUGAGCUUGUGAUGAAUCUUGAAGAUAGUACUUAAUUUGCUCGCUGUUGAUGCCGAAAAAUGGGAGACAAACCUCAAUAUGUUUUCUCUUCACUUAUUAUCCAAAGUAACAGUCAUAAUGGUCAUUGUCAUUAAAUUUUAUUCUCAAUUAAUCUUGAAUCAGUGUGAUCUAAAAAGAGAGUGCCUGUUUUUGAGGGUGGGUGGGGAUCCUUGAUUGCCUUGUAAAAGAAAUUACAAUUAGGGUUGUGAAUAUAGAUUACUGUGUUCUACAAAAAAAAACAGUAAGUUAGGUUACCAGAGAAGAACCCCUGCUGCCAAAUUGAAACAAACCAAUUUGAUGCACUGUUGCUGCAGUCACCUUCAUUGCUUUUUUUUUUUUUUUUUUUUUUUGAUUUUCCUUUCUUGAAAAUAUGCUUCGAAACAACAUGUUUCAGGACAUGUUGAACCUUUAGAAAGGAUGAUAAAGGCUUUUUAAAUCACAGAAGGUCAAUUUAAGGCUCAAGAUGUUUGUAUUUUGGGAAAUGGGUUGAAUAUGGUGUUGGUCUUAUUUUUAUUUGUCUCUUUCAUUUGUUACAUUCCUUUUUGUUCCCUUGUAAUUCCACAUUGUUUUACUUGAAAGAUAAAAGAAAAUACAUUGAAUAAAAAGACCAAAAGUAAUUUA